UUUAGUGCAGGUUUGUAAUGGCUUUCGGAGAGGCUGUUGGCCACGACACUUGUUGUUACAUAUUGCAAGAAAACAGUUGUUUCAUUAUUGUAUCAGCAAUUUGUUCAUAUGAUUUUGGUCGUUGUGGAGGAUGAAAUUCAUGUGUUUCCCCCAUGUUAGCUGUUCUAGGAAUGGCAGACGAGACUUUGUUUGAAUUUCUCCAUAUGGAGAUUGUGUCACAUGUUUACAAGGAGCAGCAAUCCAGCAGGGGAACCAUGGACAACAAGGAUAGAGCCGUCUGUGUUUCUGUACUGGAAGGUAUGGGCUUCAGGGUGGGACAAGGACUUAUUGAGAGGUUGACCAGGGACUCUCCCAGCUUUAAGGAUGAGUUGGAUAUAAUGAAGUUUAUCUGUAAAGACUUCUGGACUAAGGUGUUUAGAAGGCAGGUGGACAACCUCAGAACAAACCAUCAGGGGACCUAUGUUCUACAGGAUAACAAGUUUGCUUUGCUGACCCAGCUGUCCAGUGGAAAGCAGUACCUAGAUCAGGCUCCUAAGUACCUUGCUUUUUCAUGUGGUGUGGUGAGAGGAGCCUUAUCUAACCUUGGUCUGGAAAGUGUAGUAACAGCUGAAGUCUCCGUCAUGCCAUCCUGUAAGUUUCAGGUGGUCAUCCAGAAGUUGUGACCUAAUCCUCUGCUCACACGGUGCUGAUGAAAAGUGCCAAAAGAGAGGCGAGUGGUUCCUGUUUUCCCACCGAGGAGCGCAGCCAUGAAGCAAGUCAAACAUCCACAACAAGGUCCAAGCAGCACUACCAACAGUCUGCUGACCACCAGGUACAACAGACAAGUCGAAAAGGGAUAGCCAGGGCUUAACUUUUUACUUUUCAUAUUCUCAUACAAAAAAAAAAAAAAAUCCUUUUGGAUCUGGAUUUUGUUUUUGGAGGUUAUUGCAUAUUUUAUGUUCUCAGUCUGGCUCUAAUUGACCUCUUUCAGGCUAGUUUUAGUACUGACUGUCAGUGAAUACAAUAAAAUGAACAUGAAUGUGUAGUUAUGAACAGGAUAUGUAUUCUUUGUAAUGUGUUACAAUGUUUAUUCUGAAAAUUGAUUGGCCUCAGUGGAAAAAGUAAAAAAAAAAAUUACAGCAGAACAAUCAGCAAACAUGAGGAUGAGAAGUAUUUGUGGACAGUAUUUAAUGCAAUCUCUUUCAGCGUCCAUUCUUGUGAUGGCUAAUGAGCCUUUGAAAUUAUUACACCUGGCUCAUUCAUUAUUCAGCACUUAUUGUUUGUCACAGAAAAGCUGUAUCUAGUUCCUCAUGCUUUGCUCUGCUUUUCUGCAUAUUUUUAGCCUUCAGGAGGUGAAGAUUUCAUGUAUGCUGGUGGUCAUUUAGACUUUUUCUGAGGCAAAAUGCAAAUGUAGAAUUCACUGGUAGAAAUAUUUGAGUUUCUUUACGUUAUGUGUAUCUAAUGCGUUUCUAGUUUUUGAAAUGGCAUCUGCUUAUUGAGCAUCACUCUGCUCUGUGUAGUGGUGUCACAUUUAAGAGUUGACUGCUCAGAAUGUAUUUCUGGCUCAUUAUUUUUCCACCAUGAUGCGUGUGUUUUCUUUUGUAGAGCACUGAUAUUUCAAUGUGACAUUUUCAUGACAUUUAGUAAGUAAGCUGUAAAACAUGUUGUUAGGGUUUACAAUGAAAAUGAAUCUUAGUGUUGUCAGGCUGUAAAUGGAUGUUAUUUUGUGUUAUUUAUUCUAUUUUCUCAGCUAAACAUUUUUCUGAGCAGAUUAAUAAUGCUGUGACAAGAAAACCACAGAACAAGGUGUGUUAAACAAGAAAUUUAAGACUGCAAACUUCUCACAAGGAUAGAGAUUCACUUUCCUGGGAAUGGCUGUUACUGAUAGUGCCACUAGGGGGCCACAUACAGCUGUUAUUACUUCUCAUGUCUGACUCUUUACCAGUUUAGAUUUACCACGCUGCCAAGUUACGUCCAGAGUGUCGUUGUCUGUUCUGUGUCAGAUCACUUCUUCAGAUCCAGCUGUGCAGUGCCAAAAAAUUAAAAACACCUCUUGUGUGUUUCCUUUAUUAGGAAACACAGUUUCAGUUGAAACCUAAUAAAAACUCGAAACAAAAUCACUAUAUAUUUUGUCAGGGUCAUCAAAGUUGCUUCAGAUAUUAAUUGGUGCAAUUAAUCUGUGAUAUAAGAUCUGCAGACAAAUGGAUGGAAUUUUUGUUUUAUUUUUAAAAGAUUAAGAUUCUACCAUUACAGGUUAUAUCAAGGCUUAUUUUUUUAAUGGCACAGGUCAGAACAGAAGAUCCUAAGAGAUUUUACUCUACUUCUCAAAGAUUAUUCUUGGCAAGCUAAACUAUAACUUUAACAAAAACAUCAACCUUGAAUUAAAGUCUUGUUUGUGUGUACUCGCCCACAGUCAGAACAGAAUUUGGUACAGUUUUUGAUUAUGACACAAUGGCGACAUUAUUGUGGUUUUCACUCUGGUUUUGUUUCUGUCUCUAAUCUUGAAAAAAUACCUCUGGUUAUGUUCCAGUACUUCACUGCCAUCAGUGUGAAGGUUUUACCCAAUAAAGGUCU